UGCUUUCCUCCUGUUCAAUCUCAUGUUCUUUAGCCAAUUGAGAGGUGUUAAAUGUGAUAACCUCAUUAUAACCACGACAUCAUGAUCAUAAAUUUUGGUUUUCCUUUGCAAAUAUGGAAGUCAUGGAUUUACGUUUGUAUCACAAUCUUCACGAUGUUUUUUGUACUACUACCCUCAUCAGUGCUAGUUUAUCUUCACUUCCAGUCUAGCAUCAUUCCGGAGGCAAGUCCCCCAAUGGUGUUGCAGUUUCAAUACAUGAAAGAAACGGGUCCAUUCGCAUUUUACAAUAUGACUGAAGCUGCCCUUGAGCAAGUAAGACCAUGGAAAAAUGCAAAUACAAAUGCUUUUACCAGGAUUGAACAAGUACUUACAGUUCAUAUAAGGUAUCUGAAAUUGACAGAAGGAUCUACUGUAGGGGGUGUACGUGUUAGUGUUUACAACGAUAAAAAGCCUCCCAUACUUCAUAAAUCGUCUUUGAAACCUUCAAAUAGCCCAGAUUUGGGCGGGCAUUUAAGCAGAAACUGGCCUUUUAAGGCGAUCUCGAUGGUUGAUUCGCAGAAUGAGUUCAGCUUAUACCGUACUGACAGAAUUUUUAAGUCCUGGUCCGAAGUUAUCGGUAAAUCAUACACAAAAAGUGUACCUUUUUUAAGCGGGGUUGAGCCAAACAAUUUGGGAGUAGAGUCGAAACUAGGAGUGCUAGACUAUUUUGUUCCAAAAUGGAUACUUAGCCUUUUUGUUCCUCAAGGAGUACAAAACCUACUGUCCGUAAAAAAUGUGAGCAGCCUUUUACAAAGAAAAGAAACAUACGAGGAUAUUUACGAUCACAUGAAACACAUGGAAACUCUUGCUCUGCUGAAUUCCUAUGGAACUUUUCAAGAAUUUCCUAGUAAAAGCUUUUUCACUGGAUUGAUUCUUUUCGAUGGCGAACUAGAUUAUAAGGAAUUUACUGGAACGAGUCUUUUGGUCGAGCUAGAUAUGAAUGAUGUUUUUGUUGUGGAAGCUUAUGUAAAACUUGACUAUGUUCUUAGUGGUUUUAGAUGGUGGGUUUAUUGGUGGCCAGGUUUGUGCUUCUUGAUUGGGGUCAGUAUUAUUUGGGUAGUCAGCUGCCUGGGCUGUUUAGUUUUCAGUUGGUUUACAAUGAGCGCAUGGAGUCUUUAUUUAUGGUUGAUGGAGACGCAGGAAGAAAAGGACAAUGAUACUAUUAGAAGGAAUUUAUCCGAGUUAUUAAAAGAAUAGUAUUUCA